AUGUCACUGUUAUAUAUCAGCCAACAAAUUACAAUCUAUCUUGGCACGUUUCUUCUUUUCGUUGGUGUAUUCGGAAAUAUUCUCAACAUUUUUAUCUUCACAAGCGUUCGCACAUAUCGUCAAACAGCUUGUUCCUUCUAUUUUCUCGUCAAUUCUAUCAACUGUCUUCUAUUUUUAUCUAUCAAUCUUACAUCUCGAAUCACCAGCGCUGGUUUUGGUAUAGAAUUAACUCAAAUGUCAAUAUACUGGUGUAAACUACGAGAAUAUUUUAUACUCAUAAUGGGUUCAUUUACAUUUUCAUGUGCCUGUCUGUCCUCAAUUGAUCAGUUUUGUACCACAUCGCGACAUGCUCGUGUUCGCCGUUUGAGUAACAUCAAAUUAACUCAUCGGAUCGUCUGUAUUUUAAUUGUAAUCUGCUUGCUUCAUGGAAUUCCCGCAUUGAUGUUCUUCGAAAUAUCGCCAAUCACAAACAAAUGUGUUAAUGUCAAUCAAGGUUUUACUAUUUAUAUACUUGUAUAUGCGUUCUGUCUGAACAGCAUUGGUCCACUUAUAAUGAUGAUUGUAUUUGGAUAUUUAACUUAUCGUAAUGUUCAUUCAAUACGCAUUCCUGUUGAUCGACAACUGGUUAAAAUGACAUUGUGUCAAGUCAUACUCGUCUUUAUGACUGCAGUUCCUUAUGCAACAUUUUUAGCCUAUAAUUUAUUAACAGCAACACUGAAAAAAGAUUCGGAUCAACUAGUAAAUGAAUAUUUUGCGGUUUCGUUUCUUAGUCUAUGGACAUAUUUGUAUUAUGGGGGAAGUUUCUAUGUGUUUUUUAUCUCGUCCAGUCGUUUUCGUCGAACAGUGAAAGAUAAAGUCUUCUUAUGCCAAAAUCGGAAUCAAAUUAAUCCGCAUGCAUCAGCAGCAUCAACUCAAGCUCCUUCGGCCUAUUUUCAUUCAAUUUAUGAACAUCUAUGUGAUAGAAACUGGUCGAAAGAAAUGAUGGUGCUCUAA